GCCGAAGCCCAGAUGCCUCGCCAGGCCGCGUCGCGGUUGGUGGUCGGAGAGGGCGAGGGGUCCCGGGGGGCUUCGGGGCCUGCAGCCACCAUGCUCCGCUCCCUGCUGCUUCACUCCUUGAGGCUCUGCGCCCAGACCGCCUCGUGCCUCGUGCUCUUCCCGCGCUUCCUCGGCACGGCCUUCAUGCUCUGGCUCCUCGAUUUCUUGUGUAUCCGCAAGCAUUUCCUGGGCCGCCGCCGCCGGGGGCAGCCCGAGCCAGAUGUGGAGCUCAAUAGUGAAGGCGAAGAGGUGCCCCCCGACGACCCGCCCAUCUGCGUGUCCGACGACAACCGCCUCUGCACCCUGGCGUCGCUCAAGGCAGUGUGGCAUGGCCAGAAGUUGGAUUUCUUCAAGCAGGCGCACGAGGGCGGUCCGGCGCCCAACUCCGAGGUGGUUCUGCCUGACGGCUUCCAGAGCCGGCGCAUCCUCGACUACGCGCAAGGGAACCGCCCGCUGGUUCUCAAUUUCGGCAGCUGCACCUGACCACCAUUCAUGGCGCGUAUGAGCGCCUUCCAGCGCCUCGUCACCAAGUACCAGCGCGACGUCGACUUCCUCAUCAUCUACAUCGAGGAAGCACACCCCUCCGAUGGCUGGGUCACCACGGACUCCCCCUACAUCAUCCCGCAGCACCGGAGCCUGGAGGACCGGGUCAGCGCAGCGAAGGUACUGCAGCAAGGUGCACCCGGCUGCGCUCUGGUCCUUGACACCAUGGCCAACUCCAGCAGCUCGGCUUAUGGCGCAUACUUCGAGCGUCUCUAUGUCAUCCAGAGUGGCACCAUUAUGUACCAGGGCGGCCGGGGCCCCGAUGGCUACCAGGUGUCUGAGCUGCGUACUUGGUUGGAGCGCUAUGAUGAGCAGCUGCAUGGUGCUCGGCCCCGGAGGGUGUAAACAUCCAACGCACAAUUGACUGAACUUGCUGGGCUGUGCCUUCCAGCCUUCGAGCCUUCGAAGCCCACGUGCAAGCGCCUCAAACCAAGUCACGCUUGGCGAGGCCCCAGUGACACAGAUGUGCUGAGCCACCAUUCCAGACUGAGUCUGCGCCCUCAGCCACCUAAACAGUCUCCCCUACCUCGCUGAGACUCUGCUUUUGAACUGUCUCAUUCACACCUGCCUGGCUCACUGGAAAUCCUCUUCUGAGCGCGGGAUACGGCUUUCCCUUGUCCAUGUGCCCCUAGAGGAUUUGCCUUUACAACAGCACUUUCUUAUGCCCGCUCCCCAGCGUGCGCUCAACCAAGUGCUCUGGCCCAGUGCGUGCCGCAGCGCACAGAGAAGACCUUGGCCACGCCCGCGCGCCCUGAGGCACUGAGCGCAGCUGGGUUCCAGGAGGCUUUCGGCUCAGCUGAGCUAGUUGCCUGGCACCCACCUGUCGCGAGUGGAGAGGGGUUCCCUGUUGCUUUUGUGUUAUUUCCUAUCUCUGGUGGGGGAAGGGAGUCGGGGAUGGGGAGGGGUGGGCAGGGCAGUUUCCCCCACUUGUUUUGGGUGCACAGGGGCCCUAUUGCUGAUGAUGAACUGUCUCUAACUGGUCUUGACCACGAGCUAGUUCUGAAUUGCAGGGGCCUCAAAGCAGCGCCUGAACCUUGAGGGGGAGAGUGCUCUGGGUUUCCGUGGGGAAACCACCUUAAAUGGGUGGGGGGAGGUUUGGUUGUCUGCUUUGGGACCAGAGGAAGAUUGCUUGAGAGGCAUUGGCGAGGUUCGCAGCGCCCCAGGGAGAGAGAAAAGGCUGAGAGUCCUGGGGAAUGGGGUUGGGGUGACGGAGUCCGGGGGGAGAGAGGUGGGGGAGGACCUUGGUCCCCAGGUGAGGGGCACCCUAGGCAGAGCUGCUGAUUGUGGGGCUGAGAGGUGGAGGGCCCCUGAUUCGAAGGCCAUUUGGUGAGUGUUUUGCUGCAAACAGUUCCUGUAUAUAAACUUUCAAUCUACAAUAAUAAAACCUUGAAGUAAACGGCUU